UGCUUUUAUCUUGAAACUCCGAACCGGAACUUCACUUGUUUACAUCCGCUCUGACUUGUUUACGUUUCCCAGACCGAUAUUUGUACACGCCGGGCAGACCAAGGCCACUACGACCAUGAGUACCUCUCUGCUGCUGCUYCUCCUCCUGCUCGGACCGGCCUCGUCCACCUGCCGGUUCAGGAUCCCGCCUCACGAGCAGGUUGCCCGGGUCGCGCGCUUCAUCGCCCACCGUUGCGACUGGGCCUCCAUGGCCACCGUGUCGACCCACAGCCCGGUGGUGGGCCAGCCCUUCUCCAACGUAUUUUCGGUCAGCGACGGGCCGCCCGGAACCAGCACCGGGAUUCCCUACAUGUACCUGACCCGCAUGGAGAUCUCGGUCCAGGACCUGCAGGUGAACCCUCAGGCAUCCCUGUCCAUGUCUCUGGCUCAGACAGAUUACUGCCGGCAGCAGGGCUUCGACCCUCAGAGUCCUCUGUGUGCUCACAUCAUCCUGUCUGGAUCCGUGCUCGAGGUGAACGGCACGGAGGCGGAGUUCGCCAAGAAAGCUCUGUUCACUCGCCACCCGGAGAUGAUGGACUGGCCGAGGGACCACGACUGGUUCUUCGCCAAGUUCAACAUCACACAGGUGUGGGUGUUGGAUUAUUUUGGAGGCGUGAAAACCGUCAGUCCAGAGGAGUACUUCCAGGCUCCGCCCCACAGGAAGUUCCACUGACAUAAAACAGCAGAGGGAGACAUUUUAUAGAUUUUAUUUUCUCUUUUCAAAGUUUCAAACUCACUCAGUAAAUCUUCUUUUGUCUUUUAUUCAUUUUAAUUAUAAAAAAUAAAAAAAUAAAACAUUUCUUGUAGCUUUAUUAUUUUAUCCAUUUCUACAAAUAAAUCCAGUUGGAAGAUGAUUUUAUGUUUUGACAGGUUUUAUUCUGAAACUUCGACCCAAAGUGCACUUUAACAACCAGACAAGUCAGGAAACACCUGAGAUUAAUUCAUAUUAAUUAUUGUCUCCUUGUCAUUCCACCUGUUUAUUCUCAUGUUUCUACUACAAUAUCUUUAAAUAUCCGUGUACUUUGAAUCUAAAAAUACAUAUGUUAUAGAAAAAGCUCUGAAAUCAGUUUUUAUGAUUCUUAAUACAGUUUGUAUUUUUAAAAAACUUUGUUUUUAUAGUUCAUAAACUUUCUUAACUUUAUCAAAUUGAGAUGAAAAGUUUUAUUUUUGUAAAGAAAAAUAAAGAUUUAUACUUAAAUAAA